UUGUUAGUUCGGAUCCGGGUGGUAGAACCCCAGGUCCCUUUAGGAUCCGGGUGGUAGAACCCCAGGUCCCUUUAGGAUCCGGGUAGAACCCCAGGUCCCUUUAGGAUCCGGGUAGAACCCCAGGUCCCUUUUGGAUCCGGGUAGAACCCCAGGUCCCUUUUGGAUCCGGGUGGUAGAACCCCAGGUCCCUUUUGGAUCCGGGUGGUAGAACCCCAGGUCCCUUUUGGAUCCGGGUGGUAGAACCCCAGGUCCCUUUAGGAUCCGGGUGGUGGAACCCCAGGUCCCUUUUGGAUCCGGGUGGUAGAACCCCAGGUCCCUUUUGGAUCCGGGUGGUUGAACCCCAGGUCCAUUUUGGAUCCGGGUGGUAGAACCCCAGGUCCCUUUUGGAUCCGGGUAGAACCCCAGGUCCCUUUUGGAUCCGGGUGGUAGAACCCCAGGUCCCUUUAGGAUCCGGGUAGAAUCCCAGGUCCCUUUAGGAUCCGGGUAGAACCCCAGGUCCCUUUUGGAUCCGGGUAGAACCCCAGGUCCCUUUUGGAUCCGGUUGGUAGAACCCAAGGUCCCUUUAGGAUCUGGGUAGAACCCCAGGUCCCUUUAGGAUCCGGGUAGAACCCCAGGUCCCUUUUGGAUCCGGGUGGUAGAACCCCAGGUCCCUUUUGGAUCCGGGUAGAACCCCAGGUCCCUUUUGGAUCCGGGUAGAACCCCAGGUCCCUUUUGGAUCCGGGUGGUAGAACCCCAGGUUCCUUUCGGAUCCGGGUGGUAGAACCCCAGGUCCCUUUCGGAUCCGGGUGAUAGAACUCCAGGUCCCUUUCGGAUCCGGGUGGUAGAACCCCAGGUUCCUUUCGGAUCCGGGUGGUAGAACCCCAGGUCCCUUUAGGAUCUGGAUGGUAGAACCCCAGGUCCCUUUAGGAUCCGGGUGGUAGAACCCCAGGUCCCUUUCGGAUCCGGGUGGUAGAACCCCAGGUCCCUUUCAGAACGGGUCCAACUUUUUGGACCCGUGAAGACCUCUACCUCCAACCAGGAUAUCUGGAAAACUUGGGAUUUUUGUGAAAAGCUACCUGGGGUUUUGCAACCCUAAUAGAAAUAAAGUUGUAUCAUGUUUCAGGUUUCAUUCAGGUCUUUGUUUAACACAAUAAUAUGUCUUUGGCAGGAAAGAGACCAGAUUCUCACUCCAGUAGGAAGAGAUUCUCCAAUAGCGGGAAGAGUCCUUCAGGGAAACCAGAACCAGAGACUCCCAAACCAGCAAGACGACACCACUGUUCCCAUUGUGGAAAGAGUUUUAUGAAGUUACGGAACCUUAAAGAGCAUGAGAGGACACACACGGGAGAAAAGCCUUUCCAAUGUUCCCAAUGUGGAAAGAGUUUUACCGUGUUAGUUAACAUGAAAAGGCAUGAGAGGACACACACAGGAGAAAAGCCUUUCCAAUGUUCCCAAUGUGGAAAGAGUUUUACCUUGUUAGUUAACAUGAAAAGGCAUGAGAGAAUACACACAGGAGAAAAACCUUACAAAUGUUCUCUGUGUGGCAAGAGUUUUACCCAGUUAGGGAGCCUGAAAAUACAUAACAGAAUACACUCUGGAAAUAAGUCUUACCACUGCUCCCAAUGUGGGAAGAGUUUUAACCUGUUAAAGCACCUGAAAUCACAUGAAAGAACACAUUCAGGAGAGAAGCCUUUCCACUGUUCUCAAUGUGGAAAGACAUUUUCUCAGUCAGAGGACUUGAAAUCACAUGAGAGAAUAGAGAGGCUGUGUUCUGACUUGUGUUUUUGACUGGGAAUUUGUGUUUUUGUUUAUGCAACUUGAAGUCAUACUGUUUUUAUGAAACCUUACUCACAUAAAUAUUUUUUUUUACAUGAAACCUUA